GACACAAAUUUCGGUUCUUGAGUAGGGACUGAAUUGAUGAUCCCACAAAAUCCCAUGUCUGGGUCUGUUGGCUGUAAAAGUUUGGUGGAAGUUAGGCAAAGAAAACCGGUAGACUUUAAUGCCAACAAUUGUGACAAAUCACAUUGACACACAACCCAGCUGUUUAAUUCUUCAAAACCCAUCAUUCAAUUUUAGAUAACUGUCACUUUCUCCUCUUCUUUACACUAGCAUGUCAUUAAGACACACACAAAGGGUGUUGAGUUGUGAUUGUGAUAAAGUUUGUGCCUUUACUCAUCUAAGUUUUUCCAUAUUUUAGAACAAAAUAUGGUUUUGGUAAGCUUUUGAAGUUUCCAUUGUUGUGUAACUUCACCAACUUGGCUUAUAUUGCCUUCAACCCCCUAGAUUUCAGCUUGUUAUUCACAGAACCGUGUGAUUAGAAACUUCUCCGUGCAUGUUUAGAAAUUUUUCUACGAUUGACUCUGAAGUCAAAAUCAUUUUGUGGAGAAGCUUCUAUAAGUAGAGAAGCUUCUAUAAGUAGCUUCUGUGUGAAUAUUGAGAGAAUCGAAAUUGAUCCAAACACACUAUGUAUUGAUUUUGAAUUCUGAUCCUCCAUGUCUCUUUUAGGUGUCAGGGUCAUUGUAAUCUAAUCAAAUGUAAUGCUUUGCUUCCUCUCUUUCAAGAUCACAACUAGAGGCCAACACUUAUUUAAGGUGCAUUCUAAGUGUUUAUUUGGUGCUCUAUAAGGAAAGUGCUUUAACUCACCAGCUGUGUAAGCUUGUCGGUUGUGUAGCCUACACAAGUCCUUCUCUGAAAGCCUUGCCUUGAGCCACUGAGCUAGACAAAGGCUUUGGUUUGGCCAAACCACAUCAUUCUCAUCUUCCAUUGGUGGAGCUUGUUUUUCCCUACUACAAAAACAUUUGCUGAAGGUUUCAGCUAAACAUUUUUUGAAGUUUUCACCUGUGCUGCUCCUUCUGCCAAUAUCAAAUAAGCCAUUUUGAUAAACCUCCCAUUACAAUGCUUUACUUCAUUAUAUCCUUUGUCUCCUUUGUCCUCCUUUCCAAGUCCUUUACUAGUAAGGAAAGAGGGACAAAACUAGUUUCAACAGGGUUUUUGAGGAACCUGUCCAAUUUUCUAGUUUCUAGGCUCAGGACAGGAAACAUUCCUUCUAGUUUUUCUCAUUUUUCUCUUGGUAUGCCAUUGAGAAAGAAGAGUUUAGUAUCUAAAGUGGAGAAUGGGGAAAAGGGUGACAAGGUUUGUCUCUUGGAUUUGCCUGAUUUGCCAUUGGAGUGUAUCCUUGAGCACCUUUCACCAUCUGAGUUAACCAAUGUGGCAGCAGUGUGCACUUCUCUCAGAGGUAGAUGUCUAAGUGAUUAUUUAUGGGAGAAACACAUGGAGAGGAAAUGGGGUAACGUGUUUAGUGAUGCUGCUUAUAGACAAUGGAAAGUACAUCUAGCUUCCAGAGACAGAUUGAAGAUCUCAAAUCAGCACAAGCAGAAAGGAAUGUUUGAUUUCCUUCAUGGUUUUCACCCCUUCUUAUGGAUCAAAUCAAAAUCAGGAAAAGCUAGACAAUCAAGGACUUCAUUGCCAGAUGAUUCAGUUUUUGCUCUUUAUCUUUCUCUUGAGAGUGGGAAAUUUUGGUUCCCUGCUCAAGUUUAUAACCGCGAGAAUGGUCAUGCUGGGUUCAUGCUCUCAUGUUAUGAUGCACAACUUUGCUAUGACUCUAGAACUGACACCUUUCAGGCAAGGUAUUCACCUCAUGGGAGAUGGACAACGGAGGAAAACAUUCAAUGGGACCGGUUGAGAGUACCACCAAUUGACUCUUCUCCAAAUGUUCUUCAUACCUCUGACUGUUUGGAUGACUUAAGGCCUGGGGAUCAUGUUGAGAUCCAGUGGAGAAGAAACAAAGAGUUUCCUUAUGGUUGGUGGUAUAGUGUUGUAGGUCAUUUAGAAACAUGUCAAGGGAUUGGGAACCAUUGUCAUUGUCACAAUAAUGAUAUGGUGAUUUUGGAGUUCACCCAAUACUCAGCAGGGUCCAGAUGGAGACAAGUAGUGAUAAACAGGAAACAUCAUAGAGAACAAGGCAAUGAAAUUGAAGGCUUCUAUGGGGGGAUCAGGAAGCUGCAAAGCAAGGAAGAAAUUACAAGGUGGAAAAACUUGUGGCCAACAAAAACUGUGGAAUAGCAUGAUUGAUAACUUAGGUGUGUAGAUUAAGUAGUCCACCUUCCUCAAAUGUGAAUGUGAAGGUAAAGGAUUAGUUUGUCAAAGAAUGAUGUCAUUCCUAACAAAACAAACAAAGGCAUAAAAGUCGAGAGAGUAGUGUGGAAGGAUUUAUGACGGUAACUUGUACCACAUCAAUUUUUAAACAUUCAUAUCUACUUUCAAUUUUAUCUCAUCUUUUUUUA